AUGUACAAGUUUACACCAGAGUCACUACAAAUUGCAGAGGAUGACAAAGAACAUGUUUUGACCAUUCUAAGUACUGUACCUAUUAUCUGCCAAGGUCAAGGUGACAUAUGUAAAAUUACUUUACAGCUGAAAACUGAAGAUUCUGAUAACCUAUUAUUAGGGCCCCCAAACAUAGCCCUUUCAGCAUGCCAGGUGGAUCUCCUGCAUAUGCCCUGUACAGAAGGCAGUUGUGCAAGAGCCUCUCUCACUGUGACAGCUGUGACAGACUUUGCCUAGGAUGGAGACUGCAUCAGCUAUAUCAGAGCGGAGCCAGUCACAAGGAGCGAACUACUCUGGAGAGCUUAUGCACCCAAGGAUGUAAAGGUCACAGUUCAAGACCUCCCAACAGGGAACUGCUACUCUUUCACUGAUCCACACAUUAUCACAUUUGAUGGAAGGAGUUAUGACAAUUAUAAAAUUGGAACCUUUCUUUUGUGCAAGAGCCUGGCCCGUGUGUUUGAGGUACAUGUACGACAAUGGGACUGUGGAAGCCUCCAGUAUGCUGUUGCCUGCAACUGCGGUGUAGCUGCCUGGGAGGGUAAUGACGUCAUCCUGUUAGACAUGUGUAAUGGUCAGUUUCAGGAAACCAGACCUCAGCUGUCCAUUAAAAGCAUUGGAGCAUCACCUCAACGUGUCAAAAUCAUGAAAUCCUACGGCGGGAAAAAAAUUACCAUCAUCUUUCCUUCAGGAGCAUUUGUUCGAGCUGAUGUAAGUGAGUGGGGAAUGAGUUUGACAGUCAGGGCGCCAAGCAUUGAUUUUAACAGCACCAGAGGUUUGUGUGGCAUUUUUGAUGGGAACAGUCAUAAUGACGUCCAUAACACCAGCGGGAGUCCUUUACUACCACACCAGAGUAACAUGCCUGAGGAAGACUUCAUAGAAGAGUGGAGAAUACCCCCAGGGAAGAGUUUAUUUGACAAGACUCCACCAAUCUCUGAAGGGGAGAAAAGGAAAAAUUACUGCAGAUGUCAGAAGGAGCACACUCUACCUCUGAACUCUGUAACUACACCAAAUGCCUUUCAGAGUUCUUUCCCACAAUCUCUGGGCUGCCAUUAUGAUAAUGUGGAUUAUACUUCUGCAAUCCCACAUCUAGAUGUUACAUCAGAAUAUGUCACUCGCUUAGAAAUAGAAUCUACUUUAAAAAGUGAUGGGAAAUUGUUGGCCAAAGCAUUUGAUCAAAGAUAUCUGCCUAAAUCAGUCAAAAAGCGAGAUAACCGCAAUAGUAGAUUAAAACAAUAUGCACAAAAAGUUUCCUUGAAGAAUAAAAAAACCAAUAGUUUUAUUAACUCUACUAAACCAGAACAAGUGCUAGAUAGAGCAAAAAGGCAAGAAGACUAUUCUGAAUACUUACCUUUUUAUCCAUUUCAAAAUGAGAGUCAAAAGGACUUGGAAAGCUUUGCAUAUUUUUUCCCAGAGGAUUACUUUGAAGGGAUUCAGCCCAAAGUUCAGUCAAUAUGGCCUACUCCAGGUGGCCUAACCUCAACCAAAGCCUUGGAGAUAUGUCAGCAGGUUCUUGCUAAUUCUACUAUUGGCUCCAUCUGUAAAGACAUCCUUGGGAGACAGCUGGAUAAGGCAAUUGAUAUGUGCCUUUUAGAUCUGCAACUCAAGGAUGACCUGGCGUGGGAAGGUGCAAUGAUAGCGUUUUUGGAAAAUGAGUGUGAAAGAAAAGUGCUAGAAAAUAGAACUAAGCUGUUUCAUACAGCAAAUGGGCUACUUGCCACUCACGAGGAAAUACUCACAGCUCUCAGGUGUCCCAAUUUCUGUAAUGGCAAUGGACAGUGCACAGAAUGGGGGUGCCGAUGCUUUGAAGACCACAGUUCCUAUGACUGUAGCAUUGCCAAGAAGAACACUCUGGAGAUCACAGACUUAGAGAACAAGGGUCUCUGUGAUUUACGAGUUUCUGAUUGUAACAGGAUCCGGGUGUUUGGCCUCAGCUUCAGAGACACUCCUGAUCUGCACUGUGAGGUCACCAGACUGAUUGUAAGCAAUGUACCAGGGGAGCACAAAGUCAAUCAGCAGUACAGUAGAACUAUUUACGUGCUUACAUUUGUAAAAGCAUGUAAUCCACAUCUCAAUGGCAAGUGGAUAUCAAGAGAACAAGAACCCACAAAAGCAGAUUUUCUCAGCUCUACUGCCAUUGACUGCCAGAUUCCUGUUCUGAACAGCACAGAAACAGAGGCUGCGCGCUUCAUGGCUGAUGAUGAACCAUUUGCAAGAUGGCAAGUGAAAAUUACUAAUGAUGGCUUCCAGUACAGCAAUUCCAAAGUUCUGACCCUGUACGAUGGAGCCUGCCAGGUCUGUGAAUUCCAUCCAAGUGGACUUUGUAAGUUAAAGGAAGAGACUUGUAACAUAGAUGGACUAUGCUACAGUGAAGGAGAUUCAAGCCCUACCAGUCCAUGUCUUCUCUGUGAACCUGACAUUUCUAAAUUCACAUGGUCUAUUAAUGAAAACAAUCUACCUCCUGUGUUCCAAGUCCCUUCCAGCCAGCUGCUGACGUUUAUGGGUGAGAAUUUUGUUUACCAGUUAAUAGCAGUGGAUCCUGAAGGGUCGGCAGUGCUAUUCAUCUUAGAGGCUGGGCCACAGGAUGCCACGCUGUCUCCUGCUGGCCUUCUUAUCUGGAAAGUCGAUUUGGAAGAACCGCAGAUCUUUGAAUUCUCUGUGUCAGAUGAAUGCAAUGCACAAAACAGAUACUCUGUUGAGGUUUUAGUGAAGCCUUGCAGCUGCAUGAAUGGUGGAUCAUGUGUUACCAAUAUUAACUUCCCUCCAGGAAUUGGUGAAUAUCUCUGCAUAUGCCCCAGUGGAUUUGAUGGGAACUUUUGCCAGGAAAAUAUAAAUGACUGCAAACCAAACUCAUGUGGCACUGGCAUGUGCAUGAACAAUGUAGAUAGCUACACUUGUAAAUGUCCAGAUGGUUUAAAAGGUCUUACUUGUCAGGAAGAUGUGAAUGAAUGUGAAGAGAAUCUUUGUUUUCCUGGAGUGUCUUGCAUAAACACCUUUGGAUCUUAUAUAUGUGGAACUUGCCCCAGUGGAAUGGAGGGAGAUAGUAAAUCUUGCAGAUAUGAGGCCACUGCUGACAUUACAGAAGAUUUCAUUACUGAUAAUAAUAAUGCCAAAGGUGAAUUGAACAAGAUAGAGGGUGAAUGGCCAACGCAACCCUUAGAGGCAAAGAAAGCUCCUGCAAUUAAGAGUGGUAACGGUAGUGACACACAUGGUGUCAGAGCUGCUGUACGACCUAUUACUACUUGUGCCAAUAGGCCAUGCUUCCCUGGGGUCUUAUGUGUUGAUCAUAAACCUCCUGAUAUUGGGUACAUUUGUGGUCGGUGUCCAUCAGGCUUUUUUGGAAAUGGACGAAUCUGUACACAAACUCCCAGACCAGCUACUCUUCAAGCCUCAUUCUGGGAAACCACAUUUCUGUUACAAAUCAAUGGGCAUGUCUGGUGCGAUAUUUUAAUGAACAUUGUCAAGGAGGAAGCAAAUUUGCCUAUUAGUGUAGGCAUCAUCAACCACUUUGAACUGCAAAUUGAUUUUAGCCAGUUUUCUGAAUUUACAGUGUCAAGAUCUUCCUACAGUCGUACAGAUACUGCUGAGAGAGGUAAUAUAGACGAUAAAGGCUCCUACCAAGAAAAAGUUGUCAUAAAGUCAAGAAAUAUUGAUUCUAAACUUUCCCAGGCUCAAAUCCCAAGACUAGAACACGCUUACCUUAUGUCAAGAAACCCAACAGUCACUGAUAUUCAAUCACUUACCUUGAAAAGGAGGGUUUCCCACCCUCAGGCAUCAGAUACAAGGAAUACUGAUCCAGAUUCCUCACUACUUCAAAGAGCAUCUUCCCAUAAUAAAGUAAAAAGAAAAAAUUCUACACAUGAUCUACUUCUGCUCCAAGAACCUAACCCCAAAGCAGCAACUGUUAGAAUGACAACCCAGAUCUCCUCUGAUUAUAAGCUAAAUGUUAGAUCACAUGCAGCUGGGACUAUUUCUCCCUAUCAUGAGAAGAACACAAGUUUAUUAGUUACAAGGCCACAUGCUGUUCAAUGGAUCCAGCCAUCAUUUGACUUUUCCCCUGGAAAAUGGUACAGUAGGUUUGCAACUACAAAGACUAAACUAACCCAUGCUUUUAUAACAGACCAGCCAAAGUCAUCUGCUUUGACAGCACCACUAACCUCCUCAUUCCAUCUGAGAGCUCCUUUUUCGGGUAUGGCUCCCCAAAGUGCUAACUUCCCAGUACUUCCCAGAACUUUUGCUCAAGCAAGGAUUCCAGAACAGAGAACUGCAAUCAGAAAGUCAAGUGCCUCCAGAGUGGAUCAUUUGGCACUAUCAAAAACUAUUAACAGGCUGCUGCAUCCGAACAAGAAAAUCACAUGUGCUAAUAUGCCGUGUUUUAACAGAGUGCAGUGUGAGCCAGCCAAAGAUGAAGGAUUUAAAUGUGGCCAUUGUCCCCCUGGAUACAAUGGUGAUGGAGUUACAUGUCAAGUGUUGUGUGAUCCACCUUGUGAGCAUGGAGGAACCUGUGUGGCUCAAAAUAGCUGUUCCUGUACUUAUGGAUUUGUUGGUCCUAGAUGUGAAACAAUGCUAUGCAAUAGACAUUGUCAUAAUGGUGGGAAAUGUGUAUCACCAGAUGAGUGCAAAUGCAAAACUGGAUGGAGCAGUCCUUCUUGUGAAACAGCUAUCUGUAGCCCUCUUUGCCUAAAUGGUGGAAUCUGUGUACGCCCAAAUACCUGUGCUUGUCCUUAUGGCUUCUAUGGACCACAGUGCCAAACUGCUCUUUGCCAUCCUCCUUGUAAGAAUGGUGGCCACUGUGUGAGAAAUAAUGUGUGCACCUGUCCAGAGGGUUACGCUGGAAGAAGUUGUCAGAAAAGUAUCUGUGAUCCCAUGUGCAUGAAUGGAGGAAAAUGUAUAAGCCCAGAUGUCUGCGAUUGCCCAUCUGGUUGGAGGGGCAAGCGGUGUAAUAAACCUGUUUGUCUGCAGAAGUGUCUGAAUGGUGGAGAAUGUGUAGGCCCCAGUGUCUGUGCAUGCUCUGAAGAGUGGAUAGGAAUGCUGUGCCAGACUCCUCUUUGUGAGAAAUGUCUAUUUGGAAGCAGGUGUAUAAGACCAAAUGUAUGUGCCUGUAGAAGUGGAUAUACUGGUUUAACCUGUAGAAAGAAGUUUGAAUCUUGCAAAUAG